AUGAAUUGCUUGGUUUGGAACUGUCGGGGGCUUGGGAACCAACCGACAGUUCGUCAGCUUGUUUGGCUUGUCAAACAAAAGAAGCCCGAUUUGGUGUUCAUUAUGGAAUCUAAACUUUUUGCAACUGAUUGGACACCGGUUCUGUUGAAGCUUGGUUUUCUGAAUCAUUUUUUGGUUGACUGUGAUUGUGAUGGUGCUGGUAGAAAAGGUGGCUUGGGAUUGUUGUGGUCGGAAGAGCUAAAAGUCGACAUCAAAUCUUCCUCUCUACAUCACAUUUUGGCAACUGUUGAUAACCAUUUGGAUCCGGUUUGGGAUUUCUGCGGCAUUUACGGGUGGAGCCGGAUGGAGGAUCAUCAUCUGACUUGGACCCUUAUGACUUCUCUUCUGGUGGAAGUGGGCGAAAGGUGGCUCUGUGGAGGCGAUUUUAAUGAGACUUUGUUUCACUUUGAAAAAAAAGGGGGCAAUAUGAAACCGGAUGCGCGCCUUAAUACUUUCCGAUCGACUGUAGACGCUUGUGGUCUUGUAGAUUUGGGUUUUGUUGGAGAUCCUUACACCUGGACCAACAAUCAAAAGGGGAAAGAUCAUAUUCUUGAAAGGUUAGAUCGCUGCUUUGGGAAUGAGGCAUGGAUGGAAACUUUCCCGGGAUAUAUGGUUUCAUAUCUCUUGCGCAAAUCCAGUGAUCAUCGCCCUUUACUGCUCUCUGUGAAAAGUUCUGGAGAGGAAGAGAAGCCUCAUCCUAGACCUUUUCGUUUUGAAGCUAUGUGGUUCAAGGAUGAGAGAUGUAAACCUUUGUGCAGCCGUUUGUGGGAGAUGGGUGGGCGAACUGAUUCAGCUAUGGACCUUCAUCUUAAGAUGGAGGCGAUGGGAGUUGAACUUAAAAAUUGGGAAAAGGCGGAGUUCAGUAAUAUUAGAAAGCGCUGCGCUGAUCUUAGGAAAGAGUUAGAUGAUCUUCAAAAACACUUUAAUGACUCUGAUUCCAAAGAUCAGUAG